GGAGAUCUGCAUCAGUGGGUUCAUGGCUUUUGACAUCCCACCUCCUCGAGGUCCUUUGUGGAUUUGGAACUUGGAAGAACUCAUAGGAAAGGAAUUGCAGCAUGAAUGAAGGAAGCUUGAGCCAAGACCAGCUUUUGAGUUAUGUGGGCUGUCUAUCUAUCUAUCUAUCUUUUGGAUGGUGGCCUACAAGAACAUAUAUAAGAAGCCAGGUACGGGAAACAAGAGGAACGGGAUCCGGUGGCGCUGUUCGUGAGGGUGGAAGCCGGUCCCUGGAGAUGCCAGUGUCUCCUUCGGCUGCGGCUGCGGCUGCAUUGACCGUCCGACUUUGCAGGCAUUAGCCAAGACAAGGCUGGGCUGGGCUUCAAUUGACGAGCAGUAGAUGAUGCGGCCUCUCGAUCGGGCUCCCAGUAACCUUCCGUUAUACCUAAGUUUGGCUGGGCUGGGCUGGGCUAGGUGGCGGGGAUAAGUGCUUAUGGCCCGUGGCCGAUCAUCAAGUUUUCAUAAUUAGAGCCCAAGCAAUCAAUAUGAAGCUCUUAUUCAAAAACGAAAAAAAAGUAUGAAGAUUUGGAGGAAUUUUUUUAUGGAAUUUAAAUAUGAUUUUUAGUUAUGUGGAUCACUUUGUUUCAUGAAUUUUAUUAUCCAAUACUCAUAAGAU